GGCGGCGACUGGGGCUGUUCCCCUGGGCAACCGAAGGACGCUGCCGCCGCCAAGCUAGCCAUUGGAGCCUUGCGCCCUGGCGAGCGGGGCUGCUCAGGUGGGAGAACACAAAGGGGCAAGUCGGCUUCGUCCCACCGAAGACAAGCCUAGGAAAGCUUCGAUACUUACUAAGUUUGAGUUCUGCAGGCUGGCGAUGGAGGAGGACGAGGAGGAGGCCGAGCAGGAGGAGAGCUUCGCCGAGGACGCGCGGGUCCAGUUCGUGGGGCGCCGCUUGGAGCAGCUGCUGAGGCUCAAGGCGGACAAGUGGGGCGCCUUCCUGGACGAGGAGGGCCGCGAGGAACUCCUGCGCGGCUUCUUGGAGAGCCCUUGCCCCGCCACCUUGGCUUUCUCCCUCCCUUUGGCUGGGAAACUGGAAGCCGCCACGCAGAUAUCCAGUGAUAUGAAACAUAAAGUAGUUUGUCUUAUGAAGACUACUGGCAACAUUCAAACGGAUAACUUCAAGGAUAAUCUAAAAUUUGCAGAAUUGUCUGGAACACCCAUUGAACAUCUAAUGGUUGCCUUAGAAGAGGUUGUGUUGCCCAUUCUUUCCAGUAAGACAAAUAAUGGAUCCUGGCCACAGUUUAUUUCACAAGACAUGGAGCGACAUGUGCAAAUAAUGAGAAACAAAACCUAUGUCAUAGGUGGCAUAAUGACAGGGAGAACCCUCCUUCCCAUCCCGACAGUUACAACAGAGACUGAGUUGCAUGAGAUGUGUACUGAAAAAAAGCAGGAUUCUCAUGCAAGGUCAGUGCUGCAUGUAAUAGAAUCAAUGGUUAUCAAGUGGUCACAUCAAAUUCGAGACAUUUUGGAAAAAGAUUCAGCUCAAUCUCUUCCUCAAGACUCUCAUCCAGUUCCUGAGACUGAACUCAGGUUUUGGAAGGAAAGGAAGGAUAACCUCUUGUGUAUAUUUGACCAGCUGAAGAGCCCUGUUAUCCAGGAAAUGAUUAAGAUCUUAAAGGCAAAGAUGAGCAGCUAUUAUCCUACUUUUCAAGACAUUUACAAGGAGGUGGAAAAUGCCCUUACUGAAGCCCAGGAUAUUGACCUUUACUUGACACCUCUGCAAAGGCAUAUUCAGUGUCUUCAAGAAGCAGAAUUUCCAGAGAUUCGUAGUUUAAUUCCCCCAUUAUUUGACACCAUCUGCCUGAUCUGGAGCCACUCCAAGUUUUACAAUAUACCUGCACGGAUCAUAUUUCUACUACAGGAAUUCUGUAAUCUGUUCAUUGAACAGACAUUAUCAUAUCUUUCACCAGAAGAUAUUAUGAAGAGAGAAACUGAGGAAAGUUUGGAGCAAGUACAAGAGGCGCUAAAUACAUUAAGGAAUUUUAAGAAUGCCUUUUUUCGGCAAAAAAGCCAAAUGGCAAUGUAUUUCACUAACGCUCAAGAGGUUAAGAAGUGGGAUUUUCAGCCACAGAUGGUAUUUUCCAGAUUUGACAAAUUUCUACAUCGCUUAGAACAAAUAGAGGAUAUCUUUGUUACCAUGCUUGAGUUUGAAAGACUGGAGAAAUUGGAAUUUGGAGGGAUCAAGGGGAAUUCCUUGAAUGACAAAAUACACAAACUGAGUGAAGAAUUUAUAGAAUGCUGCAAUGUUUUUAAGGAGAGCACAUAUGUUGCAACGGAUUUCAACAAUAUGGAGUUCGAAGAUGAUUAUGCUGAUUUCAAACACAAAAUUCUUGAGUUUGAAAGACGUCUUGGAUCAAUUUUUUGUGUAGCCUUUCUUGAUUGUUCAGGGCUGGAGUCGGCAUUUAAGCUUUUAGCCAUCCUUGGAUAUUUUUUGGAAAAGCCAGUUAUUGCAGAUGCCUUUGGUCCAAAUUACAGCAUUUUACUACAGAUGUUUGAUGUGGAGCUGAAAAAUUGCAAAGCCUUGUACAAUGAGCACAUUAAACAGGUGGACAAGAGGAAUGAAAUAAUAAAUAAAAACAUGCCAUUUACUUCAGGAAACAUUAAGUGGUCCCAAGAAAUUAAAGCUCGUAUACAGCUGUUCUGGUCAAACUUCUCAUUUGUUUCCCACCCAGUCUUAGAAAGUUCAGAAGCUGCUGUAAUAUAUCAGAAAUAUAUAGAAAUGUUAACCUUACUUGACCAGUAUGAAGAUCAGAUUUAUCAUAAAUGGAAGUCUGAAGUGGAUGUUGUUUGUCAGUUCAAUUUAGAUCAACCUUUAAUUAAGCGUAACAAUAAAGAUGGUCUUCUUCAUGUGAACUUUGAUCUUAAGCUAGUGGCUAUUUUAAGAGAUGUGCGAUAUCUCCUCCUUUUGAAUCAGCCCGAUAUUCCCCAUUCAGCACUUGAGUUAUAUAAGCAAAGAGGAAAAUUCACUAAGUAUAUAGAAAACCUUGAACUCAUAGUCCAGUGGUAUAACAAAGUUAAGCAGACUGUUUUGGAGGUAGAAUAUCCUUUGAUUGAAAAAGAGCUGAUAAUAGCAGAUGAUCAGCUAAAGGAAGCGGAAGAAGUGUUCACAUGGCAGGAAGAUGACUGCUGGAAAUACAUUGAGUUUCUGAAAGUUCAAAUUCAUGACUUGGAGCAGAUACUUCAAAAGUCAAAGGACAAUAUUAAGGCUAUUCAACAAAUUAUGAAAUCUUGGAUGGAACAUCCUCUGUUUUCUAGAAAAGACAAUAGAAAAGAUGCUUUAUUGAAUCUGGAUGACAAAGAAGAAAAACUUGCCAAGAAAUUCAUGUCAUUCCAAGAAGAUGGCAGGAAGAUCCAUACAUUUGUAAAGGAAAACCUCAUACUCUUUAAAGCAGACCCAGACUCAGAUUCUUGGAAGAUGUACUUGGAGUUCAUUGAUGACAUCAUAUUUGAUGGCUUUUUCAAUGCCAUAAUGUACAACUUAAACUUCUUCCUGGAAAACACAGAGAAAAACUUGAAGCCAUCCCCAUUAUUUCAGGUUCAAAUGCUCCUAAGUACCUUAGAAAUUGAAUUCAAGCCUUCCUUGGACAAGGAGACCGGAGAUGGCUUUUAUGAUAUAAUAGAUGAACUCUUAAGCAACAUUUUCAAAAUAUCUGCUGAAGUAAAAAGAGUGGCAACACAUCUAGAAAUGCCAAAUUACCAGAAUGACAUGUACAGUAUAUCAGAACUGUUUGAGACCAGACAAAAGAUAAUGGACAGAGUUGCAGAUGUUAUCGCCAAAGCUAUGGAGUCUAAAAAUUCUCUUGAUUCUUAUGCAUAUCUCUGGGUAGAUGACAGAUCAGAAUUCAUGAAGCAGUUUUUGUUCUACAGUCCUGUAUUGUCUUCUGAUGAAACAGAGGCUCAUACUGACCUUGGUUCCAACCAACAUCCCGCAACAGAGCAAUUUAAAGAGCAGAUUGACAUCUAUGAGAAUCUUUACACUCAGAUGAGCAAACUUGAAGACUUCUGGAUUUUUGAAGGCUGGUUUAAAGUGGACAUGAAAUUUUUCAAAUUCAGUUUGCUAAACAUUAUUAAGAAAUGGAGCUGGAUGUUCAAAGAAUACCUCUUAAGAUUUGUCAUUGACAGCCUAGCUAAUUUAGAGGAAUUCAUUAAAAGAACUAAUGCUGGGCUCCAGAAAGAGUUAAAGGAAGGAGAUUAUGAUGGACUUGUGGAUAUCAUGGUUCACCUCCUUGCUGUGAAAGACAGGCAGGUGGCCACUGAUGAGCUUUUUGAGCCUUUAAAGGAUACCAUUACCCUUUUGGAAAACUAUGGACAGAAGAUGCCAGAUCAUGUUUACAUCCAAUUGGAGGAACUGCCUGAAAGAUGGAACGCCACCAAAAAACUUGCAGUGUCUGUAAAGCAUGAGGUGACUCCCCUUCUGACAUCUGAGGUCACCAGCCUCAGAAAGAAAUGUUUGGCUUUUGAUGGGAAGCAGAUAGAAUUCAGAGAAAGAUUUAGAGUGGAUGCUCCCUUUCACUUUGACGCCAAAAACCCAUAUGCGCUCCUUGAUAAGGCAAAUUGGGAGCUGGAGGCAUUGGAAGAAGAAAUGCUACAAAUUCAAGCAUCUGCCAGUCUCUUUGAAGUGGUCAUUCCAGAUUACAAACAAAUGAAACAAUGUCGAAAGGAAAUAAAAUUGCUGAAGGGAUUGUGGGACAUUAAUAUUUAUGUCACAACCAGCAUUCAUGAGUGGACCAAAAGCCGUUGGAGACAAAUUAUUAUGGAACAGAUGGAUGCAGAGCUUAGAAGAUUUGCCAAGGACAUGUGGGCAUUGAAUAAAGAAGUUCGCUCCUGGAAUGUGUAUACAAGUCUUGAAUUGACAAUAAAGAACCUAUUAACAUCAUUGAGAGUUGUUGCAGAGUUGCAGAAUCCAGCAAUGAGAGACAGACACUGGUACCAGUUGAUGGAUACAAUUGGUGUUCAGUUUUCGAUAACUGAUGAUACAACCUUAGCAGACAUGUUAGCAUGGAAACUGCAUAAGAUGGAAGAUGAUGUCCGAAAUAUUGUUGAUAAGGCAGUGAAAGAGCUUGGAACUGAAAAGAUUCUCAUAGAAAUCAAUCAAAUAUGGGCGACCAUGGAAUUUUCUUAUGAGGAGCAUUACAGGACUGGCAUUUCUUUGUUGAAAGUGGACGAGCAACUUUUUGAGACAUUAGACAAUAACCAAGUUCAGCUGCAAACAAUUCUACAAAGUAAAUAUGUUGAAUAUUUCAUUGAACAAGUCUUAAAGUGGCAAAAAAUGCUAAAUGUGGCAGACUCUGUUGUUUUCAUUUGGAUGGAAGUACAACGCACAUGGUCCCAUCUUGAAAGUAUUUUCAUUGGUUCAAAUGAUAUCAGAGAACAGCUUCCUGAAGAGUCGAAGAGAUUUGAUGGCAUUGAUGUUGAUUUUAAGGAAUUAAUGAAUGAUUCAGCAAAUACAAAAAAUGUGUUGGAAGCCACAACUAAACCCAAACUGUAUGAAAAGCUUGAAGAUUUACAACGUAGGCUCUCUCUUUGUGAAAAAGCCCUGGCUGAAUACUUAGAAACCAAACGCCUAGCUUUUCCUCGGUUCUAUUUUGUUUCGUCUGCUGAUCUGCUUGACAUUCUCUCAAAAGGAGCACAGCCCAGACAGGUGACCUGUCAUCUUAUUAAACUUUUUGACAACACUGCUGAUCUUAGAUUUCAAGACGACAAAGAGCCAUCCAGGAACAUUGUACUGGGAAUGUACAGCAAAGAAAAGGAGUACGUUUCAUUCAAUGCAGAAUUUGAGUGUAGCGGUCAGGUGGAAAUCUGGCUGAAACGACUGGAAGACACCAUGCGUGAAACAGUUCGUCGUCAAAUCACAGAGGCUAUAGCUGUCUAUGAGGAAAAGCCCAGAGAACAGUGGAUCUUUGACUAUCCUGCUCAAGUUGCACUCACUGGCUCCCAAAUCUGGUGGACUACAGAUGUGGGAAUAGCAUUCAACAGGCUAGAAGAAGGGUUUGAAACAGCCUUGAAGGAUUAUCAUAAGAAACAGAUUGCUCAGCUAAAUGCUCUUAUCUCUCUGUUGUUGGGAGAACUGACACCAAGCGACAGACAAAAGAUCAUGACUAUUUGCACAAUAGAUGUGCAUGCAAGAGACGUGGUGGCAAAGCUUGUUGCUCAAAAGAUCACCAGUUCCCAAGCUUUUGUUUGGCUGUCACAACUACGCCACAAAUGGGAUUGGGCCCAGAAACAUUGCUUUGCCAAUAUAUGUGAUGCUCAGUUCCAGUAUUACUAUGAAUACUUAGGAAAUACCCCUCGGCUAGUUAUUACACCUCUGACUGAUAGGUGCUACAUUACUCUGACCCAGUCUCUUCACCUAACAAUGAGUGGUGCACCUGCAGGACCUGCUGGGACUGGCAAAACAGAAACCACCAAGGAUCUGGGCCAUGCACUUGGGAUGAUGGUCUAUGUUUUCAACUGUUCUGAGCAGAUGGAUUACAAGUCUAUAGGAAAUAUCUACAAAGGUUUGGUUCAAACAGGUGCUUGGGGCUGUUUUGAUGAAUUCAAUCGAAUUUCAGUAGAAGUUCUAUCAGUUGUGGCAGUACAAGUAAAGACUAUUCAUGAUGCCAUAAGAAAUAAGAAAAAGAGAUUCUUAUUCCUUGGAGAAAAUAUUACCUUGGAGGCAUCUGUUGGAAUAUUUAUUACCAUGAACCCAGGAUAUGCUGGUCGAACAGAAUUACCUGAAAAUCUUAAAGCUCUUUUCAGGCCCUGUGCAAUGGUUGUACCUGACAUUGAACUAAUUUGUGAAAUUAUGUUGGUGGCUGAGGGAUUUGUUGAUGCACGCUUGUUAGCCAAGAAGUUUAUUAGCUUGUAUACUCUCUGUAGAGAACUUCUCUCCAAACAGGAUCACUAUGACUGGGGUCUCCGAGCGGUUAAGUCUGUCUUGGUAGUUGCUGGCUCCUUGAAGAGAGGAGACAAGACCAGACCCGAAGAUCAGGUCCUUAUGCGAGCCUUGAGGGACUUCAACUUGCCCAAGAUAGUGACAGACGAUGUCCCCGUUUUCAUGGGUUUGAUCAGUGACCUGUUUCCAGCUCUGGACGUUCCAAGGAAGAGGGACCUUCAGUUCGAACAGAUGGUUAAACAAUCCACCCUGGAGCUUCACUUGCAGCCCGAGGAGAGCUUUAUUCUCAAAGUCGUUCAGCUUGAGGAGCUGCUGGCAGUGCGUCACUCUGUCUUUGUAGUGGGAAAUGCAGGCACAGGGAAGAGCAAGAUUCUGAAAACACUGAACAGAACUUAUGUGAACAUGAAACAGAAGCCUGUAUGGAAUGACUUAAACCCAAAAGCUGUGACUACGGAUGAACUCUUUGGUUUUAUACAUCAUGCUACCCGAGAAUGGAAAGAUGGACUAUUAUCAUCUCUUUUGAGAGAGCAAGCUAAUAUCACGCAUAGUUGUCCAAAAUGGAUUGUCUUAGAUGGGGACAUAGAUCCUAUGUGGAUUGAAUCACUGAAUACUGUUAUGGAUGAUAAUAAGGUGCUGACUUUGGCCAGCAAUGAACGGGUUCCUCUAACUCCAUCAAUGAGAUUGCUGUUUGAGAUACACCAUUUGAAAACAGCUACUCCUGCUACAGUUUCUAGAGCAGGUAUUUUAUAUGUGAACCCACAGGACCUUGGUUGGAAUCCCUUUGUUGCAAGCUGGAUAGAACAAAGGAGUAACCAAUCUGAGAAGGCACAUUUGACAAUCCUAUUUGAAAAAUAUGUUCCUUUGUGCCUGGAUCAGCUCAGAACAAACUUUAAAACCAUCACUCCAAUCCCUGAGAAUAGCAUGGUGCAGAUGCUGUGUUCACUCCUUGACUGCUUGCUGAUUCCUGAAAAUGUACCCCCUGAUGGUCCUAGAGACCUAUAUGAAAUAUAUUUUGCUUUUGCCUGUGUGUGGGCAUUUGGAGGAGCUCUCUUUCAAGAUCAGCUUUCCAAUUAUCAAGCUGAAUUCAGCCGCUGGUGGCUGAAAGAGAUGAAAGCUGUGAAAUUUCCAUCCCAUGGUACAAUUUUUGAUUAUUACCUUGACCCCAAAACUAAGAAAUUCCUCCCCUGGAGUGAUAAAAUUAUCAGUUUUGACAUGGAUCCAGAUACACCCUUGCAGUCUGUCCUUGUUCACACAUCUGAGACCACUUGCCUGAGAUACUUUCUGGAUUUGCUCUUGAAAAAAAACAAGCCUGUGAUGCUUGUUGGAAAUGCUGGAGUGGGGAAAACAGUGCUCAUCGGGGAAUGCCUUGCUAGCCUCUCUGAGGAUUUCUUGAUAUCCAGAGUUCCUUUCAACUAUUACACUACAUCAGCAGCCCUGCAGAGAAUUCUUGAGAAAGCCCUGGAGAAAAAAGCGGGCCGUAACUAUGGUCCAGUGGGAAACAAGAAACUUGUUUAUUUUAUUGAUGAUAUGAAUUUGCCAGAAGUGGAUAUUUAUGGAACAGUUCAGCCUCACACACUGAUUCGUCAGCAUAUAGAUUAUGGACAUUGGUAUGAUAGACAGACAUUAACUCUAAAAGAAAUCCAUAAUUGUCAGUAUGUUGCCUGUAUGAACCCAACUGUUGGCAGCUUCACCAUCAACCCCCGACUUCAAAGGCAUUUUGCAGUGUUUGCCAUGAAUUUCCCAUCUGCUGAUGCUCUGAAUACCAUCUAUAGCAAGAUCCUUGACUUCCACUUUCAACAUCAAGGCUUUAAUCCAUCAGUGCUAAAACAUGGCCCUGCUAUGAUUGAAGCAGCAGUGUGGCUUCACCAGAUAAUGGUUCAGAAUUUUCUUCCCACCGCUGUUAAAUUCCAUUAUAUUUUCAACCUUCGGGACCUCUCCAACAUCUUCCAGGGAAUUUUGUUUGCUAAACAAGAAUGCAUAAAACAUCCUAAUGAUCUUAUACGUCUGUGGCUUCAUGAGUCUUCGCGUGUCUAUGGUGAUAAAUUGGUGGAAGAAAAAGAUUGUACCCUCUUUCAUAAAAAGUUGAUUGACACUGCACAUAGAUACUUUGAGGAUGUGGAAGAUCACAUUCUUCUCCAGCAACCACUUAUUUACUGUCAUUUUGCAAAUGGUGUGACGGACCCUCAUUACAUGCCUGUCAAAGAUUGGGAAGUGCUCAGAAAGAUACUUAUGGAAACUCAAGAAAAUUACAAUGAACUGAAUGCAUCUAUGAACUUAGUUUUAUUUGAAGAUGCCAUACAACACGUGUGUCGUAUCAGUCGAAUCUUGGAGUCACCGCAUGGUUAUGGACUUUUGAUUGGGGUUGGUGGCAGCGGGAAACAAAGCUUGUCAAGACUGGCUGCAUAUAUUGGCUCUCUUGAAGUAUUUCAGAUUACCUUGAAGAAAGAUUACUCAGUUCAAGAUCUAAAGGUAGAUCUUGCCAAUCUGUAUAUCAAGACUGGAGCCAAGAAUGUUCCCACUGUGUUUAUACUGACAGAUGCUCAAGUUCCAGAUGAACGCUUUCUUGUGCUGAUUAAUGACUUGUUGGCAUCAGGAGAUGUUCCAGAUCUAUUCACAGAUGAAGAUAUGGAUGGUAUAAUUACAGGAAUUAGGAGUGAAAUACGAGGACUUGGUCUUGUUGAUUCCAGAGAAAACUGUUGGAAGUUCUUUUUAGAUCGAGUACGGCUGCAGCUAAAAAUCAUUUUGUGUUUCUCUCCUGUCGGUUCCACACUGAGAGUUAGAGCUCGGAAGUUCCCAGCUAUAGUUAACUGCACAGCUAUUGACUGGUUUCAUGAGUGGCCGCAGGAGGCCCUACAGUCCGUCAGCAGGAGGUUCAUUGAGGAGAUGCCUGGGAUUAAGCCACAGUUUCAUGACACCAUUUCCUCUUUUAUGGCCUAUGCUCAUACCAGCAUGAAUACAAUGAGUGUAAAGUUUCGCCAGAAUGAAAAGAGAUACAACUAUACAACUCCCAAAAGUUUCCUAGAACAAAUAAUGCUAUACAAGAACCUCCUAGAAAAGAAAAUUCAGGAAAUGAUCCAACAUAAGGAACGUCUUGUCAAUGGCAUCCAAAAGCUGAAAACAACAGCUUCUCAGGUGGAGGACCUAAAAUACAAACUUGCCUCUCAAGAGGCAGAACUGAAACUGAGAAAUCAAGAUGCUGAAGCUUUGAUUACGAAGAUAGGGCUUCAGACUGAGAAAGUGAGCAAGGAAAAGGCCAUUGCUGAUGCAGAGGAGCAAAAGGUUGUUGCCAUCCAAGCAGAAGUAUCUCAGAAACAGAAAGAGUGUGAAGAUGACUUGGUGAAGGCUGAACCCGCUCUGGUGGCAGCUACUGCAGCUUUAAAUACACUGAAUAAAGUGAAUCUUUCUGAAUUGAAAGCAUUCCUUAACCCACCAGCUGCAGUGUCCAAUGUUGCAGCUUCAGUAAUGGUCCUACUGGCAAAUAAAGGGCGAGUGCCAAAAGAUCGAACCUGGAAGGCUGCUAGACUCUUCAUGGGAAAGGUGGAUGAAUUCUUGCAAGCUUUAAUUAACUAUGAUAAGGAACAUAUCCCAGAGAACUGUCUGAAAGUGGUCAAAGAGCAUUACUUGAAAGAUUCUGAUUUCAACCCCAACCUGGUUCGCACUAAGUCAUUUGCAGCAGCUGGUCUCUGUGCCUGGGUUAUCAACAUAGUAAAGUUCUAUGAGGUAUACUGUGACGUAGAGCCAAAACGUCAAGCCCUGGCCCAAGCAAAUGCUGAACUUGCAGCAGCCACAGAAAAGCUAGUUGCCAUUAGGAAAAAACUUGCUGAAUUAGAUGUCAACCUGUCCAGACUCACAGCAUCCUUUGAGAAAGCAACAGCGGAAAAAGUUAGGUGUCAAGAGGAUGUUGGCAAAACCAGUAAGACCAUUGAGUUGGCGAACAGGCUUGUUAAAGGACUAGAGUCUGAAAAUGUUCGCUGGACUCAGUCCAUAAAAUCCUUUGAAGCACAAGAAGUAACAGUGUGCGGUGACGUUUUGUUAACAGCAGCUUUUGUUUCGUACAUUGGAUCCUUCACCAAAGUAUAUCGUCAUGAGUUAGUUGAAUCUUUGUGGCUUCCAUUCCUGAAAUCACAAAAAAAUCCCAUUCCAAUCAGUGAAGACUUAGAUCUGGUUGCCAUGUUGACGGAUGAUGCCAUGAUUGCUUCAUGGAAUAAUGAAGGACUACCAAGUGAUAGAAUGUCAAUAGAAAAUGCUGCCAUUCUUACAAACUGUGAGCGCUGGCCACUUCUUAUAGAUCCUCAGCUACAAGGGAAAAAAUGGAUAAAAAAUAAAUAUGGAACAGACCUUAAAAUUCUACAACUAGGACAGAAGGGCUUCUUACAAACUAUUGAAAGAGCUUUGGCUUCUGGAGAUAUUGUCCUGAUUGAAAAUCUGGGUGAAACUGUAGAUCCAGUGCUUGAUCCUCUGCUCGGGAGAAACACAGUUAAAAGGGGAAAGUUUAUCAAAAUUGAAGAUAAAGAAUGCGAAUUCAACAGAAAUUUCCGUCUUCUCCUUCACACUAAGUUAGCUAACCCCCACUACAAACCAGAGCUGCAAGCACAGACCACUCUUAUUAACUUCACUGUCACAAAAGAUGGGUUGGAGGAUCAGCUGUUGGCUGAGACUGUUAGCAUUGAACGACCUGAUUUGGAAGAAGUUAAGUCUCUUCUGACAAAACAGCAGAAUGAUUUCAAGAUUCAGCUGAAGGUCCUAGAGGAUGAUCUCUUAUUUCGACUUUCUGCUGCUGAAGGCAGUUUCUUGGGAGAUACUGAACUUGUGGAGAAACUUGAAACAACGAAGUCAACAGCAGCAGAGAUAGAGCUCAAGGCAAUGGAAGCCAAAGAAAAUGAAGUUCAUAUUAAUGAAGCCAGAGAACAUUACAGGCCAGCUGCUGCAAGAGCUUCUCUUCUUUAUUUCGUCAUAAAUGAUUUGAGCAAAGUCAAUCCCAUCUACCAGUUUUCACUGAAGGCUUUCAACACCGUCUUCCAUAAAGCAAUGGAAAGAGCAGAGCCAUCUGAUGAUAUCCAGGAGCGGAUCGCCAAUCUGACAGAAGCGAUUACAUAUUUCACCUUCCUUUACAUAGGCCAGGGACUUUUUGAAAAGGACAAGCUUGUUUUUCUUGGCCAGACAACAUUUCAGAUUCUUUUGACAAGUAAAGAGAUAGAACUCACUGAACUGAAUUUUCUGCUGCGAUUUACAGUUGAGCACACUUACAAAAGUCCUGUUGACUUUAUAUCUGCUCAGUCAUGGAGUGCCAUUAGGGCUAUUGUUUUAAUGGAUGAAUUCCGAGGAUUAGAUAGAGAUAUUGAGGGUUCUGCCAAAAGAUGGAAAAAAUGGGUGGAUUCAGAAUGCCCAGAAAUAGAAAAACUUCCUCAAGAGUGGAAAAGUAAAACUUCUUUCCAAAAGCUUAUCAUACUACGAGCAUUGCGCCCAGAUCGAAUGAUGUAUGCUCUGAGAAACUUUGUAGAGGAAAAGCUAGGUUCAAAGUAUGUGGAUGGCACAAGAACAGAGCUGAUUAAAUCCUAUGAGGAAACUAGCCCAUCUACGCCAAUAUUUUUCAUUCUGUCUCCAGGAGUAGAUCCUCUCAAAGAUGUGGAGGCCCUUGGGAAAAGGCUCGGCUUCACGAUAGACUCCGGGAAAUUUCAUAAUAUUUCUUUAGGACAAGGGCAAGAGAUUGUUGCAGAAGAGGUAUUGGAAAAAGCUGCCAAACAUGGGCACUGGGUUAUUCUCCAAAAUAUUCAUCUUGUAGUCAAGUGGCUGGGAACCUUGGAGAAACUGUUGGAAAAAUACAGCAAAGGAAGUCACUCUGACUACCGUGUCUUUAUUAGUGCUGAACCAGCUCCAAGUCCUGAAGAACACAUAAUACCUCAAGGAAUAUUGGAGAACUCUAUUAAAAUUAUUAAUGAACCUCCUACUGGAAUGCUGGCAAAUCUUCAUGCUGCUCUCUACAAUUUUGACCAGGAUACACUUGAAUUGUCGACCAGGGAGCAGGAGUUCAAAAGUAUCUUCUUUUCUCUCUGCUACUUUCAUACUUGCGUUUGUGGCAGACUGAAGUUUGGACCUCAAGGAUGGAAUCGAAGAUACCCUUUUAAUGUGAGGGAUCUCACCAUCUGCGUCAAUAUUCUUUACAACUAUUUAGAGGCAAACUCUAAGGUUCCAUGGGAAGAUUUGCGUUAUCUUUUUGGUGAGAUUAUGUAUGGAGGACACAUCACUGAUGAUUGGGACCGCAGACUGUGCUACACGUACUUAGAAGAAUUUAUGAACCCAUCUCUGCUUGAAGGAGACUUUGCUUUAGCUCCAGGCUUUCUGGCUCCUCCAAAUUUGGAUUAUAUUGGAUACCACAAAUACAUUGAUGAAAUGCUGCCAGUUGAAAGCCCUGUACUAUAUGGUCUGCAUCCAAAUGCCGAGAUAGACUUCUUGACAGUUCUGUCUGAUAAUCUUUUUAAAACCCUUUUGGAAAUGCAGCCUAGAAACCUCCUUGCUGGAGAGGUAGCAGGACAGUCAGCAGAAGAAAAGGUGAAAAAUGUCCUGGAUGAAAUUUUGGAGAAGCUUCCAGAAGAAUUUAAUAUGGCUGAAAUAAUGCAAAAGUCUGCUGUUCGAAGUCCUUAUGUUCUUGUUUGUUUUCAAGAAUGUGAAAGAAUGAACAUUCUAAUCCGAGAGAUACGGAGGUCACUUAAGCAAUUAGAUCUUGGUCUGAAAGGUGAGCUUACAUUUUCUCCCACCAUGGAAGCCUUGCAAUCAUCAUUGUUUUAUGACCUGGUCCCAGAUGCAUGGACGAAUCUGGCUUAUCCUUCCACGUAUAGCCUUGCUCAAUGGUUUAAUGACCUUCUCAUUCGAUGCCGAGAACUUGAUACUUGGACGCAAGAUCUUGUACUUCCUGCAGUGGUGUGGCUUUCUGGCUUCUUUAAUCCUCAGUCUUUUUUGACUGCCAUUAUGCAAAGCAUGGCAAGGAAGAACAACUGGUCUCUGGAUAAGAUGUGCCUGACUACAGAUGUUACAAAAAAAAGUAGAGAGGAUUAUGGUCACCCUCCAAGGGAAGGAGCAUAUAUAUGUGGUCUUUUUAUGGAAGGAGCGAGAUGGGAUCUUCAAGCCGGAGUUAUAGCUGAAGCCAGAUUAAAGGACUUGACUCCAGCAAUGCCAGUCAUCUUUGUAAAAGCAGUUCCAGUCGAAAGACAAGAAACAAAGCACAUUUAUAAAUGUCCAGUUUAUAAAACAAAAAUUAGAGGGCCAACUUAUGUCUGGACUUUUAACUUAAAAAGCAAAGACAAGCCAGCCAAGUGGGUGCUUGCAGGUGUAGCUCUGCUGCUGGCAGUUUAAGCAAUAUCUCUGUAAGGACAAAUAUCUCCCACCAACCAAAAAAGAACUUGCUUUACACUGAAUCAUUAUACAUGUCGCACUGCUGAAGGUUACCAAAAGCAGCCCGCAGGAUAAUGCUUAUGUUCAGAAGUUCCAUUUGUUUAGUACCAAAGCUGUUUGCCGUAUAUUUAUAUAUAUACACACACACAUAUAAUGCAGAAAAUAAAAGCAUGCCUGCACCUGUAAAUGCCAAAGACAUAUUAGAUAUUCACUUAACAGUGAAAUCCAAAAUAUGCCGAAAUUCAAAAUUGUCCAUGAGUGUCGGAGAUAGUGAUACCUUUGCUUUGUGAUGGAUCAGUGUACACAAAUCUUAUUUCACACACAAAAUCAUUAAAAAAUAUUGUACAAAAUUAUUUUCAUGUGUAUUAGGUGUCUAUGAAACAGAAAUAAAUUCUGUGUUUAGAGUGGGA